CUCAUCUUCUGCUCUAAAUUGAUUUUCUUGCGUAUACUAAUCUGUUCUCCUUACCUACCAGCCCCACAAGGUUCUAAAGAUGCCGCCAAAGAGAAAAGGAAAAGGAAAAGUAAAAGGCCCGGCCGUAGAGGUGCUGCUACCUCGCACGAAUGUUCUUGCCGUGGACCAAGAUGAACCUGACCAGAUAAAUCAUCCAUUUCGUUGGCCCAAUUCUCUUGCGAAUAACUCAGGCACCACGCAUUUGCCUGACGAUUGGAGAUAUAGCCGAAACAUAAGGAAAGCGGUGGAUGCGCUCAAUCUACUUCAGGCUACAAGGCGCCAGUGGGUAACCGCUGAUUGCCUCGAGUGUGCUCUUUCUAAUUACCUCACGUACCCACCAGACUAUGUGAGAGACGAUAUUACCAUCUUAUGGCCGGGCGCCGAUGGUCAUUUUGCCCAAGAUGAUGUCACUUGGAGGGAUUGGCUAACUACGGGAGUCGACUGGGAUAGGAAUGUCGCAAUUGGUCAUCCGAAUAGACUUCCUGCGCCGCUCCAGUGGAUUAAUACCCGCCCGUAUGUUUUCUGGGUGGUGGAUGCUGGACGAGUAAUAAGUGGUCAGUGGGUGACGAUCAUCCUGCAUUUUGAGUCAGGCGUAGACCCAGGCACGGGGAGGCCACCGGAUAGGUACACCCACCUCGAGUCUUGUGCCAUCGUGGACCCAGACCCGGAUGGUGUGAGGAAACCCCAGGUUUAUCAGAGGCUGGUAGAAAUUCUUGACCAGUGCGGUAUUCAACCUUCCGAUAAUUUCAACGAGGAGACAGUAGAACUAUGGACUCCGUUGGCAAAUCCGAUACAAUAUGACGGCGAUGCUACCAAGACACAGGACAACUUUAGCACAGGCCUGCGCUGCUUCCACCUGGUUAAACAGAUGAUAGACCGCUUGACCGAUCUGUACUGUAGCGACCCCCGGAGCCACAACGCAAGGGAGUUCUGGAGGCCUAUCAGUGGUUGGUUUAACCCGGAUGCCGUGCGGGCUGAAAUGAUCGGAAACGUAGCCCAAGAAAUCAACUACCAUAUGGAACACAAAACCCGCAUUGCCAUAGAACCUACCAACGGACUGAAUUACGGGCCAAACGCAAUUACCAUUACAGACAUAGCACCUGUACAGGACGAUACGGAUAUGUUUGUACCAGAGAGCAAGGAUUUAAACGGAUGGCCUAUAAUCUGGAUGCGGCCGGGUCUCGCUGUACCUGUGGUGAACGCAGGUGAUGAUGCUGCUUUUGGUCGCGCUGAUGAUGGAGACGACGGAGACGAUGGAGACGAGGACGGGGAUGGGGAUGGAGGCGAUGGGGGAGGCGAUGGGGGAGACGAUGGCGGAGACGGCGGAGACGGGGAUGAUGGAGAUGGAGGAGAUGGAGAUGGUGGAGAUGGAGGAGAUGGAGAUGGUGGUGAUGGUGGUGAUGGUGGUGAUGGUGGUGAUGGUGGUGAUGGUGGAGAUGGUGACGGAGAAGACGGAGAUGAAGACGGAGAUGAAGAAGAAGAUGAAGACGAAGAAGAGGGAGAUGGUAGCGGCGCUGGAGGAAAAAAGGGUAAAGGAGGAAAAGGAGGAGGGAAAAGAGGCGGUGGCGAUGGGAAAGGAGGAGGAAGACGAGGAGGAGGUGGUGGAGGUGGUGGUGGUGGCAGUGGCGUCAGCAGAGGACCCCGUAUGGGAACUGGAUCUUUCAGCUCAAGGGUUCUCAACCGCGGCGCGAAUAACCCAUUCCCAAGUCAAGCACCCGAUCUCAAAGUUCACUAUGAAAGCCGUGACCUCCCUUCUAGUUUGUGCUGUUAUCGCCGGAGUGCCGGCAAUGGUAACCUGCUUUUCCCGCCCGCAUUGAUGUCGUGGCUAAGGCUAAUCGAUUGCAUGAAGGAUAUGACCAAUGCCUCCACCACUUCAUUUAGCCUUCCGGAUGGAUACACUGCUGUUCCCCUUUUUAUGAAGGGGUCUAUUGAACCCGAUGGGGAAGUGAUGACUUUCAACGGCACAGUCAACGACAUCAUGUCACAGAUUCAGACUAUCAAACAUGACUUCAAGUGGGAUGACUUCCAACCUGUUACACCAAUUCCUAGAAAACGCAUGUCAAAGCGGACCAAGUCGCAUAUUAUUUGCAAGAUUCCCAACUACUUGUCUGGCUCAAGAGCCAACCUCCUUUACGGGUAUGACUACCUGAAGAAAAUCCACCAACCUUGUGAAGUAGGUGGGGGCCCUGGCAAGUGUGCUAUGCUUUGGUGUCUCUCUGGUACAUCUAUUUGGAUGUGCAACGACAACACCGAUACGAUCAUCCGAGACUGCGGUGACAUGGCCUCCUACGCCCUAGAUAUCAUUGGUGAUAUGGAUUGCAUCACAAUGUGGUCCGGAAGUAAUGCGCUCGUGCAAGGUCAAGAAUUCGAUACGGAUGGCUUUAACAUAAUUGCUGGAGGAGGAGGGUGUUCCCGGUAG